AUGUCUAUAAUCCAGCAAAUCUCUACUGCUUCCCUCUCCGACAACUGGCGUACAAUCAACAUUGAUGCCCUCGAUCCGGAAUCCUCCUCCAACUUCGACACCACCACCCUCCACCCGGCAUUCGCUCCGGUCUCAGACGCCGAGAUUCGCAAUGUGGGACAGCAGGUUAAGCAGUUAUUAAGAGGUGGAGAUGCAGAGGGGGCGCUGAGAGGCGCCUUGGAAAGUGCGCCCUAUGGAGGAGAUGCUGGGGUAAAGGAAGUGCAUCUGCAGACUGUGACUGAAGUCUUGCAGUCGAUUAAGGCGUCAGAUAUGACUCCUAUGCUGCAGCGAAUCUUCAAGACCGAGGGUGGCAGCGACGCUCUGGAUGUUUUGAUGAAGUACUUAUACAAAGGAAUGGGCGCCUCCUCAGCUCGCGGUCUCUCUCGAGGUUCAACCCUCACACCGCAAAGCACCGGUGCCGGAUUUUCACAAAUGGGCGGCCGACCACCUGCAAACGAGAGCAGCGGUUCGGCAAUGAGCGUCCUACUGUCGUGGCAUGAGAAGGUUGUGGACGUUGCUGGUUUGGGAUGUGUUGGACGAUGCAUGACGGAUUGGAGAAAAGUCUAG